AUGUCCCCUCGCUACGAGAUCCGAUCUGUGUUCCCAUGGGAUCUGGAGCAGAGAAAAGAGGGGGGGUUCUUCGCUGCAGAGAAUGAGAGCUUUCGCCAGAAACCCCCGAAAAGGAGAAAUGUUCGAAAGGAACUGGGUAGGACAGCUCACCCGCAGUACUCCGUACAACCUCGUCUGCUGUUCCUCGUCGAUCCUCCAACACGUAUGCCCGUAGCUACGCAGACCAAGAAAACAAGCUUUGGGAACUGGGGGCUGGCCGCCAUCGAUGCAUCGUUGGAGCACGGUAACAUUAAGGCCAUCCAGCUCGAAUGGCAAGCUAUGCAGCGCAUCCUUGCCCCAUCAGGCAGGACAAAAGCUGAAGAUUGGGAUACGAGGGAUCGACGGCCCAGAGCCCAGCCGAUCUUCUUCGACGGCGCAGGCCGAACCCAACCUUGA